CUUGCCCUCUGCCUGUCCCUGCAGAAGGAUGUCGCGCUGAAACCUCAGGAGCGUGUGGAGAAGCGGCAGAACCCGCUGGCCAAGAAGAAGCGGGAGGCACUUACCAACGGGCUCUCCUACCUUCCCAAAAAGAACAGACUUCCCCACCAUCAGUACAGCUCUGACCGCGAGAAUGACCGUAACCUGUGCCAGCACCUGGGGAAAAGGAAGAAGUUCCCAAAGGGCCUCAGACAGCUCAAACCAGGUCAAAACAGUUGCCGAGACAGCGACAGUGAAAGCGCCAGCGGGGAAUCGAAAGGUUUCCACCGAAGUAGCUCUCGGGAAAGACUCAGCGACAGCUCAGCUCCUUCCAGCUUGGGGACAGGCUACUUUUGCGAUAGCGACAGUGACCAAGAAGAAAAGGCAUCUGAUGCCAGCUCUGAGAAACUGUUCAAUGCUGUUACAAAUAAAGAUAAGGAAUUAGGAGUCAGUACGCUAGCGGAAAAUGCCGACCCUGGUGCUAGGGGCCCAGCCAUCCCGAAGAUAUCGGGACUAGAAAGGAGUCAAGAGAAGAGCCAGGACAGCAGCAAAGACCCCCUCCUUGAGCCUGUGGUGCCUAAAGACCCCUGUCCUCAGCCCGGCCUCCCGCCUGCGCAGCCCCAUCCCACCCCACAGGGCCUCUCCCAGUCGCUCUCCGCCUACAACAGCAGCAGCCUAAGCCUCAACAGCUUAAGCAGCAGCAGAAGCAGCACUCCUGCCAAGACUCAGGCGCCUCCUCCGCACAUAUCUCACCACCCGUCAGCCUCGCCGUUCCCGCUCUCCUUACCCAGCCACAGCCCCCUGCACACCUUCCCGCCCGCCCUGCAGCCCCCCGCACACUCACAUCACCCCAAUAUGUUUGCCCCUCCUACGGCUUUGCCUCCUCCACCUCCACUGACGUCAGGGACCCUGCAGGUUCCAGGACAUCCAGCUGGUAGCACUUACUCAGAACAAGAUCUUCUUCGUCAGGAACUGAACACCCGCUUCUUGGCCUCGCAGAGCGCGGACCGCGGGGCGUCGCUCGGCCCGCCGCCCUACCUGCGCACGGAGUUCCACCAGCACCAGCACCAGCACCAGCACACGCACCAGCACACGCACCAGCACACCUUCACGCCCUUCCCGCACGCCAUCCCGCCCACCGCCAUCAUGCCCACGCCAGCACCGCCCAUGUUUGACAAAUACCCUACAAAAGUUGAUCCCUUCUACCGUCACAGUCUGUUUCACUCCUAUCCUCCAGCUGUAUCAGGUAUUCCUCCCAUGAUUCCUCCAACUGGCCCUUUUGGCUCACUACAGGGAGCAUUUCAACCCAAGACUUCCAAUCCUAUUGAUGUUGCAGCCAGACCUGGAACCGUCCCACAUACCCUUCUACAGAAAGAUCCACGGUUGACAGAUCCGUUCAGGCCCAUGUUGAGGAAACCUGACAAGUGGUGCGCUAUGCAUGUUCACAUUGCCUGGCAGAUAUACCAUCACCAACAGAAAGUCAAGAAACAGAUGCAGUCGGACCCGCACAAGCUGGACUUUGGCCUGAAACCUGAAUUUCUGAGCAGGCCACCAGGUCCCAGCCUGUUUGGAGCCAUCCACCACCCCCAUGACCUGGCCCGGCCCUCAACUCUCUUCUCUACAGCCAGUGGGGGUCAUCCGGCCGGCACCCCUUUCGGCCCUCCUCCUCACCACAGCAACUUCCUCAACCCAGCUGCUCACUUAGAGCCUUUCAACCGCCCGGCGUCGUUCAGCGGGCUCACGGCAGUGGGCAGCAAUGCCUUCGGGGGACUCGGCAACCCGACAGUUACACCCAACUCAAUGUUCGGCCACAAGGAUGGCCCCAGUAUGCAGAGCUUUAGCAACCCUCACGAGCCCUGGAACCGGCUGCACCGAACUCCUCCUUCGUUCCCGACCCCUCCGCCCUGGCUGAAGCCAGGAGAGCUGGAGCGCAGUUCAUCUGCUGCAGCUCAUGACAGAGAUAGAGAUGUAGAUAAACGAGACUCAUCUGUUAGUAAAGAUGACAAAGAAAGGGAGAGCACUGAGAAGAGACACUCCAGCCAUCCUUCGCCAGCACCUAUCCAUCCAGUAAACUCCCUCGGACAUAAUCGCAGCUCAAAUGAGCAGAUCAGGAGCCAUCUGAAUCCCGAGGUUCGAGAAAAAGAGAAACCCAAAGAGCGAGAGAGGGAUCACUCCGAAUCUCGGAAAGAAAUUAAUGUUGAAGAGCACAAGGUGAAGGACAACUAUAUUUCGGAGAAAGAAGGCCUGAGCCAUGAAAGCCGCAUGGUGGAAGAGUCUAAGCAAAUGUCCAGGGUUCCUUCACCCUAUGCUAGGCCCCCCGUUGUGGAGAGCACCAGGCCUAACAGUACUUCAAACCGUGAGGCUGAAAGGAAGAAUGAGCCAGCGUACGAUAAUCCGAAGAAAAGCAGUGAAGUCAAAGUGAAGGAGGAGCGAAAGGAAGACCAUGAUGUUCAACCUGAGGGACCUCAGACUCAUAGGUCAUCUGAUCAGCCACCGCCUAUAUCUACAUCUAAUGUCCAUCCAAGUCCUUUAGUGUCCAUGCCCAUGACUGUAGGUGUGACUGGUAUACAUCACAUGAACAGCAUCAGUGGCCUGGAUAGGACUCGCAUGAUGACUCCUUUUAUGGGAAUUAGCCCGAUUCCUGGUGGAGAACGUUUUCCCUAUCCUUCCUUCCACUGGGAUCCAAUGAGAGAUCCCUUAAGAGAUCCUUACAGAGAGCUGGAUAUUCAUCGGAGAGACCCCCUGGGCAGAGACUUUUUGCUAAGAAAUGACCCCCUUCAUCGUCUGUCUACACCAAGAUUAUAUGAAGCCGACAGGUCGUUCAGGGAUCGGGAACCUCAUGACUACAAUCACCACCAUCACCACCACCAUCCUCUCUCUGUCGACCCUCGGCGGGAGCACGAGCGCAGCACCCACCUGGACGACCGGGAGCGGUUGCACAUGCUGCGCGAGGACUACGAGCACGCGCGCCUGCACUCCGUGCACCCCGCCGCCCUGGACGGGCACCUGCCUCACCCGAGCCUCAUCACGCCGGGCCUGCCGAGCAUGCACUACCCCCGCGUCAGCCCCCCAACGGGACACCAGAAUGGCCUCCUCAACAAAACUCCCCCCACAGCAGCUCUCAGUGCCCCUCCACCUCUUAUUUCCACCCUGGGACCUCGGCCUGGGUCUCCCAGGAGGACUACUCCUUUGUCAACAGAAAUGAGGGAGAGGCCUCCUUCUCACACCCUCAAGGACAUUGAAGCUCGAUAAGCAGAGGGAAACUAAAUCCAAACCAUACAGAGAGGGACAGGACAUUGUAAAUGAACAUAGUAUAAAGACCUUCUUACUAGUCAUUGAUACAGACUGGGGACGUGACCCACUGUACCAUAUGUAUAGACCUGAGUGCAAAGAUUUUGAAAUUUUUUUUUGUAUAUUAUAUGUGGAAAUUUUCCAGAUCUUUUAGCCAAGUCCAUAUGAUCCUCGUGUCUCCUACUCUAUUUUAUUUCUAGUUUAAAAUUUCAAAAUUUGAACUGAAGAACAAGAUGUUAAUCUGAAUGAUUUGUCUAGAAACAAAACCAACACCAAUGACAACCGUAUAGAGCUCUUUCAGACCAGAAGUGAAGACAAUUGUAGAUAUUUAUGUAAAAAGAUUGCUUCAUGGGUUAAUGGUUCAUAUAUGCAAAAAGGGUAAGAUGAAAGCUUUACUUUGUACAAAUGUAAAUAGAUAAAAUUAAGUAACAUAAUGCAUUAAUACUUCUUAAACUGUGCUAUUUGCAAACUUAAUAUUGAUCAACACAGUCUGCUUAUGCUGUGUUACAUAUAUUGUUAUAGACAGCUAAACCCCUUCAACUAUGCAAUGAAUUUUAAGGCUUUUCACAAAAGCCUUUAUAACUCAAAGGAGCCUUUUCAACACACAACAUAAUUAAAGUCAUAUUUUCCCUGAACAAGCUCAUCUGUAAUAGAAACCUCUUUCUCUUGCUUGUUUUGGUGAAGAAACAACCCAUUAGAAGUGUAAGUUUUCUGUCUGAACCCUUGCAUCAAGAUGCUGAUGUUCCUGUAGCUCAUGUAUUCCUUAGCACCCAUCAGGUUGGCAAGCUGUAAUCACUAAUACUGUAGUCAUGACGUAUGGUUUUUCAGUCACAUGAAUCUGGGUUAUACAGAGUAAGAAUCAAAUGCUGGAUAUUUUCCAGAAUUUCCGUCACUUAACAUGUCCAAUUUAGUCUGGGAAGUACAUCUUGUUAUAGCCAUUCAUGUCUGUUUUUGUCAUUGGUGUGUCAUUUUUAUCUGUACACACACUUUCUUUUUAUUUUUUUGGUUAAGUGAUUUUUUAGCUAUUUUGAAUCAAAUUCUACAAGAAAGCUAAUUCUUUUUAAAGUGAUGAAUAUGUUUUCAUUGUGGAUUGGUAGUUUAAUUAAUGAACUCCAAUGCAGAUUUCAUAAUGCAAUUUAUUGUAUUUUGGUUGGUAAUAAAGUAUGUGAAUAGUUAACAGG